CGCGACAUUGGCGCAAAGUGCUAGCAGCCAUACAAGAUGGAAGUUGACAACGAUCCUGCUCAGUAUCUGGCCACGACCAUCUCGUCCUCGCCGUCGGAGGUUGCACAGAUCUAUGAGCGCUUCCACCUUCUUUACAGCAAGAAGUUGUGGUUCCAGCUGACAAAGGCCAUACAAGCCUUCAUCGGCCGAGCAGACUCUGCAGAGUACCAGAUCGACCUGUACAACUCGUUCAUCAAGGAUUUUCAGAAGCACAUCAACCAGCUCAGGCUGGCCGAGAUCUGCGUCAGGAUUGCUCAGCAGUACAAAGAUGCUGCAAAGGCCCUCGACUUCCUCUCGGGCAUCGUCAGCCUCGUGAACAAGCCAGACUCACAAGAGGCAUUCGUGCUUGCGACGAUGGAGGCAGCUCAGAUGAAGCUCAUCCUCGGCGAUCUGCAAGGUACACAAGAAGCCAUGUCGAGCUCAGAGAAGAUCCUGGACACCUUCAACAGCGUCAACCCGGGCGUACAUGCCAGCUUCUAUCGCGUCUCGGGUGAUUAUCACAAGGCAAAGGCAGAGUACGCGGGCUACUACAAGAAUUCGCUGCUCUAUCUGGCCUGCAUCACCGUCGAGACAGAUCUCGACGCGGCAGAUCGGUUGCAACGGGCACACGAUCUCGCUAUCGCUGCCUUGCUCGGCGACAGCAUUUACAACUUCGGCGAGCUUCUGACACACCAGAUCUUAUCUGCGCUUGAUGCGCCAGACAUGGUCUGGCUGAAGCAGUUCCUCUUUGCUUUCAAUGAAGGCAAUAUUGCCCGCUUUGAUGCCUUGACGCCACAUCUCGCCAAAGAGGAGAUACUGCAGCAAAACUAUGGCGUACUCAAACAAAAGAUCUGCUUGAUGGCAUUGAUAGAAGCAGUCUUCAAACGACCGGCAGGCGACAGGAUACUCAGCUUUGACAUCGUUGCACGAGAGACACACUUGCCAGUACAAGAAGUCGAGCAUCUCGUCAUGAAAGCACUCUCACUCAAAAUCGUACAAGGCUCUAUAGAUCAAGUGUCUCAGACAGCGACGAUCACAUGGGUUCAGCCUCGCGUACUCGACAAGGCUCAGAUCGACGGCCUACGGGUCAGACUGACAGAUUGGUGCGGGCGCGUGACUGCCGUGGGUCAAGUGGCAGCAGCAGCAAGCAAGGACAUUGUUGUAUGAUAACCAAAAGCAAGCCAUGCAUAUCCACUGCUACGCAUCUUGCGUGGGGGUUCUGAGCAUGACUUGGCUGAUGUCAUCAAGAUCCAUGCUUUCCUCCUGCGACUGAUGCAUGACGUCCGAGAGGAGUGCCUUCUGCAAUCCAGCAAUCUCUCGCUUAUCGAACAGCAUCCGUGCCAGCUC